CAACUACAUGAAGACAUGUAAAAAUACAUCGUUUUCGAGAGCAAUCCCUGAGGACCCAUACUCUCUCGCUCCACUCUCCUCCCACUUCCUCACACACACACACACACUUGGAGGUCUGUAAUGGCUGAAUCUGGUUUGCAACGAUGAAGAUAACCGGUGGCAAAGCAGACCUUCAGGCAAUUGUGUCUGCAAAAGCUCUAAACCCUUCACCAGAUUCAGAUCUUAUAAAAAAAUAUAGUUCUCGUAAACCACCUCGCCGGAAGACUAAGAGCCCCAGAUUUUCCGGCUCCGGAGCCCGGUUGAACAGAGACUUUGGAGCUCCGACGGGUAGACGGAGCAGACCCGAAACUCCUUUGCUUCGUUGGAAGUUCGAUGAAAGGAGACAGAGAGAUGUGGAUGCUAAGGAGGAAAAUUUGUCGCCGGAGAUGUGUCGGAAAAGUGGGCGGAAAGCCGAUAUUGCGGUCUCGGCAAGGAAGCUCGCCGCCGGACUAUGGCGGUUGCAGUUGCCGGAGGUUCCGAACAAUGGCGCUGGUCAAGGAUUAGGGCUUUCUCAGUGUGGAGUCAGUCACUUUGGUGUCCCUGUUCAUGGUCAUCACAGCAGUAAAGCGCAGGGUUCUGAGGUGAAUGAUUCAAUACAGAGUCCUCAUUCCAUCACUGGGCCAAGAAAUGGUUCGUUGUGUAAGCUUGAACCUUCAUAUCAAUUUUCAAACUCUGGACUGGAGGGGGCAACAAAAUGGGAUCCCAUGUGCUGGAAAGCAUCAAAUGAAGCAGAACAGAUAUAUGGCCACCCAAAGGUUCUUGACCAACAAGCGAGUGCAGUCUCAGUGGUGUCCAGACUUGAGGUAGAGCUUGAGCAGGCUCGAGCCCGUAUUCAUGAUCUUGAAAAUGAACGGCGGACAUCAAAGAAGAAACUCGAGCAAUUCUUGAAAAAACUCAGUGAGGAAAGGGCCACAUGGAGGAGCAGAGAACAUGAGAAAAUCCGUGCAAUUAUUGAUGACACCAAAGCUGACUUGAACAGAGAGAGGAAAAAUCGCCAACGGAUGGAAAUGGUUAAUUCCAAGUUGGUCAAUGAAUUGGCUGAUACCAAGUUAUCUGUGAAGCGCCAUAUGCAGGACAAUGAAAAAGAGAGGAAGGCCAGAGAGUUGUUAGAGGAAGUGUGUGAUGAGCUUGCAAGGGAAAUUGGGGAGGACAAGGCUGAAGUUGAAGCGCUGAAGAGGGAAUCCAUGAAACUCGGGAGGAAGUGGAAGAUGAGAGAAAGAUGUUGCAGAUGGCUGAGGUCUGGCGUGAAGAACGGGUUCAGAUGA